AUGGCCGAAAUAGUGACCUUCGCUAAUGGAAAGAUAAUUUGCGGUCGAUGGAAAGUGUUGGCUAGGCUGGGUACCGGUGGAUGCGGAAGUGUCUACAAGGUUGAAGAUACGCAAAGAAAGGGUUAUAUAGCCGCUCUUAAGGCCGAGGCAAUACUUGAAAAUGAUAGUGGUGUUCUCAAGCUCGAAGCUGCAGUUUUAAAAAAAUUAGCCGAUCGGAAAAAUGUCAUAAGAUUGCUGCAAUCUGGAAAGCGCUUAAAGUACAGCUUCAUUGUUAUAACGAUAUGCGGUUCGGAUUUGAUGUCAUUGAAGAAAAAGGCACAGGAGGGCUUAAGCGAAAAUACAAUACUUCGCAUAGGCAUCUAUGCACUCUACGGAAUCAAACAGUUACAUGAAAUCGGGUUCGUACAUCGCGAUGUGAAGCCUGGCAAUAUGAUGAAUGGCAUGGUGCGAAACUUCGUUGUGCGUGAUCCUAAAGGAAUCUCAAUGAGGAAACCUCGUAAGAAUGUGCUGUUACGCGGUACACUACGAUAUUGUUCACUUGGUGUGCAUAGACGUCUAGAGCAGGGUCGUGUCGACGAUCUUUGGGCUAUGCUUUACAUGCUUACUGAGUUGUAUGUGGGAUUACCGUGGAAUCAUUUAACUGUCGAGAAGGAAAUCGUUAAAAUAAAAGAAAAUGAAUCAGAUGAGAAUGUAUUCAAGGAAUGUCCAGGUGAAUUUAUUUCAAUUGCAAAUUAUCUGCGUACUUUGAAUUAUCAAGACCGGCCAGACUACUAUAAACUGUAUAAUUGGGUGAGCCAUUGA